GCGUAAACAAAUAUAUUUCAGUUGUUUAAUUGUUGUGCAUCGAACCCAAGUGCAAUCAUUCAUAUGUGCAAUUAACAAUCAAAUUAAGAAAAAAUUAGUUAACUCUAGUGAAAGUCUGUGAAGGUCUCCUUUCCGUUUGACCUCGAGCGGGCACACGUUUUGUGAAAUUGAUAAAUUAAAUGUAUGCAUGUUCUAUAUGUACAUACAUACAUAUAUACAUAGCUAUGCAUAACACUUUUCAAUAGUUUAAUAAAAAUGAGAUAGUUCCGUCAGAGUUUCGUGGCUGUAUGUGCGAGUGUGUGUGAGUAAACAAGAGCCAGAGAGCAUAACGUCAAAAUGACAGCAAAAGCAGAGUAGCCUCCCAGCCAGCUGUGCUCGUUGUCGUCGUUAUCUGUUUAGGCCAAACUGACAAAAUUGCCACUGAAAUUUUAUGAAAACAAAAUCAAAAUAAACUAAUUUAAAAUUGUGCGUUAAGAAAAUUUGAUUUUACAUUGAAUUCAACUCAAUAACCGUUAGGUCGUGGCAGGAAACUGGUAUGAACAUAUUAAAGCCCAGCAAACUUAAGUGCAUACUUUUACCUAAACUGCGUCACACUUGGACACUGCUUGUAUUUGUUGCCAACCUGCUGCAAUAUAUUUAUCGAAAAGUCAAAAAUAGACAGCCACAGAUACAACUGCAGCUAAACCCAAACGCCAACCAGCUAGAGUACCUCCACAAUAAUAACAACAACAACAAUAAUAUCGACAUUAUGGAACAAAUGGAAAUGCCUGAAGAGGAGCAGCAUCGGGAGCCCCAAGCAGAUGCAGCAGAUGUCGCCGCGGUAGCGGUUGUCCAACAGAGGCCGGAGCCCAUGGAUGCAAGCGAUAUGGAGGAGAAUGCUGAUGCAGACGAUGAAAUAGAUAUUGAUGACGACGAUGACGAUGAUGAUGAUGACGAAGAGGAAUCAGAGUCAGAACCAGAGUUCGAGGAAAUAUUUUCAGAUGAUGGCGAAUGGACGUCAUCUAACGAUGAAAGUGAAAUGGCCACGACCACAUCGAAUGUGGGCGGGCCUGAGCCGCCCAAAAUCAAGCCCAUCUACUGCUUCCAGCCGUUGCGUCUGGUGAAGUGUCAGUACAAGGAAAAACAUUGCAUUGGUGGCUUCCCAUUGGCACGCAGUGGCCAUCGUAUAAUCGCAUCCAAAACCCACCUUUACUCAUUGGGAGGAUACAACCCGCGCAGUGCGCUCACAGCCGCUCGAAGGGGCAGAUGUUUGCUGUUCCAGGAGCUGUGGAGUUAUAAUUUUGCCACUAGUCGUUGGAAAUUGGAGUUAAAUGCGGACAAUGCAAGAAAUAUGCCCGUUGAGCUGGCCUCCAACGCUUUGGCCAUUCACAAUAACGUGUUGAUUUCUCAUGGCGGCACGGGCUAUCCUUUUGGCGAAUCAUGCUCAAAUGAUUGCUACGUCUACCGUACCGGCGACAAUGUAAGUGUGGACCGCCUUAAAGUCACCGGAGAUCUGCCUAUGGCACAAUAUGGACCUGGCAUUGUUAUACACAAGCACUAUCUGUACACGAUCGGGGGAACAACUGGCUUCGAUUACUCCUGUGAUGUGUACCGCCUAGACCUGCGCACCAAAAUAUGGGAGAAUGUUUAUAUAUGUCGGCCGGAGAUGCGUGAAGAUCCCGAGGGUCGUUAUCGUCAUGAAGUUGUCUACGAUGGCAAGCACAUAUUUGUGUUAGGCGGGGGCACUUCGCAUUCUGUCUACGAUCUGCAGCGCAUACCCGCUUAUAAUUUGGACGCGAAUUGCUGGGAUUACUUUAAUACUCUGCCCGAUCCUUGGUUUACCAGCGCGGGACAGAGCGAUAAAGGGUAUCCAAAGCCACGAAAAUGCUUCUCCUGCGUGCAACAUCAGUUGUCUAAUGGCGAUAUUGAGGCGUUUAUCACAGGAGGCUUGCAGGGUGACUUCUCGACCUAUUUCUCUGACAUCUGGAAGCUAAAUUUGCGCACCAAACAGUGGUCAAUUAUACAGACAGCUAGCCUGCCCCGUCCGCUAUACUUCCACUCGGCUGCUCACUCCGAUAAUGGCUGCAUGUAUGUGUUUGGCGGCAUUGAGUACAAUGAAAAGGAGAUGCGACGUCGCAAUGAUCUCUACAAGAUGUGGAUGACUGUUCCAAAGUUAAGCGAAAUGUGCUGGGACGCCAUAACAUAUUAUAACGAUAAUCUAGAUAUGUACAAUCGCCAGACAUUGCUGAAGUCUGGCAUACCCAAGAGUUUUACCGAACGUCUGCCGCCGCAAGGGGUCACGGAAAACAAGGAUAAUGAUAAGCCAUGCAUAGUUGCAUCUUUCUGCACAGUUCCGAAACGUGCUCGCCCCGCAGCUCUCGAAUAAACCAAUUAGAAGGCAAUAUAAAUCACACAUACACAACAAAAGUCGAGGAUGCGAAAUGCGAAAAUGAGCGGUGCCCCUUUAUGAGUUACUCCCAUAAGUUGCUUUUUUGAAUGUUAUAGUUUUGAGCGCGCGCUGUGAUCGAUACCGAUGGAAAUUUAUAUAUAUUUUGAUAUAUGAAUUAGAAUUCAACUGAAGAUGGUGGACAUGUUAGGCAUGUAAAUAAGACGUAAUUAUGUAAGUUUAGCUAGCAGUACGACAAACCUUGUGUAUUUUCUAGGUGAACAGAACCGAACAGGUAGACAGCGCACACCCAUUAAAUUUAAAAGUUUAUCCAACCACAUCCAUGCCAUGCAUUAAUUAACCACAAACGCAAAACCACAAACUAAUCUGGAAGGCUACACCAAACAAUGUCAAAUACAUACAGUUGCAUAGAAAUAAAGAGUGAUGGUACGGGCCUAUUGUAGUGCUAACCUAUUGAGUGGUCCCAUCCGCACAAGGAUGGCGUUCUCAACUACAACUGGUCCCGCAGAUUCCGAUCAGAACUACUCAAAUGUAUGAAUUGUUGUCGAUGUGUACAUACAAAUUAGUAGUAUUAAAACAUAUUUAAUUAAUCUAAGAUCACUUCUUUUAUUAAGCAGAACGCACUGGUGCAGAGUCCUGCCCAAACAAAGAAAAAACAAAGUUUGCUCGAUAUUAUUACUCCAAGACUACAUUUUGUUGAUUUUAAGCGAAUAAUAAAAAGGAAAUUUCAAAUAUA